AUGGAGGCAGUGGUCGUUGACGCGGUGUCCAAGCUGCUGAAGGCCGGCAUCACGUUGUUCGAGAUCUCCUCUGCUUCCUGGGCUGGUGAUGCCCUCGAAUGUGAAGACGGACUGAGAUGGCAGGCUGCUAGUUGCCUCGGCCUCGAAGAUGAAGAUGAAGGUGGAGGAGAGCGAGCGGUACACAAACUCCACUUCUUUCACCAGCCACCCUCCCCUCUGCGCCCAGCUUGUGGAACACCUCCACACCAUCUUCGGAGCCGCCUGCCGGUGGUCGUGCUGAAGGUGUUCCUGCACUGCAAAGUGUGCGCUGGCAAGGUGAAGAAGCACCUCACCAAGAUGGAAGCGCACGGAUGCAAUGGUGGCAAGAAGAUCAUGGUCGUGUGCAUCAUCAAGCACACCAUGGCAAGCAUCCACCUCCUCACAGUGCCAAGAAAAGUAGGUGCCUAGUUUGUAAUCGUUGUUGAAGGAGGUCCAUGCUGAAGAACAUAAAACUUGUAGAGCUUGUAAAGUACCAUGCUAUUGAACUUUUGGAGCAUGUAAUUGUGACUACCAUACUGUUGUUACACUUGUAGAGCUUGCAAAGUGUAUGUUAGAGCUUAUUACGUGUUAUUUGUACAGCAGCAGCUUUGUACUGA